UUUUAACUCCACAAAGAGGCAGUUUUGUUCCGGCAUGUAACGGGACAGCCUGCAGUGGGGUCCUGAGCGGAAACCGGAAGAGAAGAUGACGGUCCACAACUUGUACAUAUUUGACCGCAACGGCAGCUGUCUGUAUUACAACGAGUGGAACCGCAAGAAACAGGCGGGGAUCUCCAAGGACGAGGAGUUUAAGCUGAUGUACGGGAUGCUGUUCUCCAUCCGAUCCUUCGUCAGUAAGAUGUCUCCUCUGGACAUGAAGGAGGGCUUCCUGUCCUUCCAGACCAGUAAAUACCGUCUGCAUUACUAUGAGACACCCAGCGGCCUGAGGUUCAUCUUAAAUACUGACCUGUCUGUGGUUAAUGCCAGAGAGACACUGCAGAGCAUCUACAGCAGCCUGUAUGUGGAGUACGUGGUGAAGAACCCGGUGUGUGUGUUGGGUCAGAGUCUGGACAGCGAGCUGUUCGGCACCCGCCUGGACGCCUUCAUCAGAGCGCUGCCCUACUACAGCCCCCGAGCUGCCUGACACACACACACACACACACACACACACACACACACACACACACACACACACACACUGUUUUGUAUUUAUUUGUUGGAAUAAAGUCUCUUAACAUGCGA